AUGGCCUGUGGGCUAGGGCUCUUGCAUCUGCUGCUGGGGCAGCUCUGCUCCCAGCUUCUAGGAACCUUCGGGAAUAGUAUGCAGCACCACCUGGACCCGCAGACAGACAAUGGCAGCUGGGAGCCAGAAGAAACACAGGAUAAUGACUCAGUGGUGUCGGCUCACACACUCCUCUUCUCCCUGGAUUACCAGCAUGUGCAGGUCCCUUUUGAGAUCACACUUUGGAUUAUGUUAGCCUCUCUGGCAAAGAUAGGAUUUCACGUCUAUAAUAAAAUGCCCACUGUUGUACCGGAAAGCUGCCUCUUGAUAUUCGUAGGUCUCAUCAUGGGAGGACUAAUUUAUAGUUUAAAUGAUCAAUCCCCACCAAUAAUGGACAGUGAUAUAUUUUUUCUGUACUUACUCCCACCAAUAGUCCUUGAGGCAGGGUAUUUUAUGCCCAGUCGGCCCUUUUUUGAGAACAUAGGAACCAUUCUCUUGUAUGCUGUAGUUGGAACCAUGUGGAAUGCAUUUGGAAUUGGUCUUUCUCUCUAUGGCCUAUGUCAGGUGAAGUACUUCAACCUUCAAGAUGUGUCAUUGCUUCAUAAUCUUUGGUUUGGUAGUUUGAUUGCUGCUGUAGAUCCUGUAGCUGUUCUCUCUGUAUUUGAAGAAAUACACGUGAAUGAGAAACUUCAUAUUUUGGUAUUUGGAGAAUCCCUCCUAAAUGAUGCUGUUACUGUUGUACUAUAUAAGCUGUUCAAGUCUUUCAAUGAAAUGCCAUCUAUCAAACUCGUGGAUAUUUUGGCUGCAAUGGGAAAAUUCUUUUUGGUUGGAAUAGGAGGAGUUUUCAUUGGGUUCCUGUUUGGAAUGUUUGCUGCCUUUACCACACGUUUUACGAAGACCAUCCGGGUCAUUGAACCCCUUUUUGUCUUUUUAUAUAGUUAUCUCUCCUACCUGACAGCAGAAAUGUUCCAUCUCUCAGGGAUUGUGGCAAUUAUCACUUGUGCUAUGAGCAUGAAACGUUAUGUGGAAGCUAACAUUUCUCAGAAGUCCCAUACUACUAUCAAGUAUUUUAUGAAGAUGUGGAGCAGUGUUAGUGACACUCUUAUCUUCAUCUUCCUUGGUGUUUCUACCAUUGGAAAUAACCAUGAAUGGAAUUGGCCUUACAUUUGUUUCACUGUCUUUUUUUGUCUUAUAUGGAGAGCAUCAGGAGUUCUUGUGUUGACUUUCUUCGUGAGCAAAUGUCAUAUGAAUACAGUGACCAGAAAGGACCAGUUUAUUAUAGCCUAUGGGGGACUUAGGGGAGCAAUCUGCUUCUCUCUUGUUUUCCUGCUUCCAGAAUUUUCCAGAAAGAAGCUCUUCAUUGCAGCAACUACAGUUGUUAUCCUUUUUACUGUUUUUGUGCAGGGGAUGACCAUUCGUCCUCUUGUUGACUUAUUAGAUGUGACAAGAAGAAGAGAAACCUCUCCAACUGUGAGUGAACAAAUUCUUAUUAGGUUCUUUGAUCAUUUGCUGGCGGGCAUAGAAGAUAUAUCAGGACACUGGGGACAGUAUUAUUGGAAAGACAGAUUGGAAUAUUUCAACAGCAGAUAUUUGCAGAAAAUUUUGCUCAGAGAAUAUGACCAGCCCAAAUCCAGCAUUGUGCUUCUUUAUGAAAAGCUUCAGAGAAAACAUGCCAUUGAGCUGGCAGAAGCAGGCCAGCUAACACACACACCAUCUAGUACAUCUUUGCUCCACAGCCGUCAAACAACCAUGCCAAUCUCAUCCUUAGCUCCUGAUCAGGAUGUUAUGGCUAAUAUUCAAGAAAUAUUGACCACAAACCUUUAUAAAAUCAGGAGAGUGGCUCCAGCAUAUAACAGGUACACCCUUCCAGGAGAAAUGGGAGCAGCAGAACAAGUAAAGGAAAUUCUCAUACAGCGACACAAGAGCUUGCAACUGAGUCUUUCUCGACGUGACUCUGAUAAAUCUCAAAAAGAGUUUAAAUGUACUUUAUUUUUAGACCACCCGCAUGACAUUAUUCUUAAACAACAACAACAACAACAACAAAAACCAAUGCCUCCACUCCAAAUAAAGCACAGUUAA